ACGGAAGAAAAUGCGUUGUCUUCCCGGCACAGAUCCAAUUUGAAGACGAAGCUUCCCAACGGUCGGAUCUCUAUCGAACGGAACUCAUCCUCCAACACAAGUCCAAGACAACCUCUUCCACUUCUGUUAUCUGCUACAACUGUUCUUAGAUUUCAAAUCACCUCUCUUUCUCUCUCUAAAAAUUCUUGGUACCUUCUGUCUCUCCCCCUCUAAAUUGUUCUCAGAUACCAAUCAGUACCUCCUCUCUCUCUCUCUCUCUCUCUCUAAAAUCUAAAUUGUUCUCGCGAAAUACAUCUCAAAGUCCCAAUCGAUUCUCUCUCUCUCUCUCUAAAUUCUUCAAGUACCAGUCAGGGAAUCAGUACUUUCUAGUUUCUACUGCCUCUAUUCCCUCAUUCCUCUCUCUAAGUUCCCUCGUUCAUCUCUUUCCCUCUCCUCCCUCUAACUACCUAUUAUUUCUCUCUCUACAUAUUACAACGCCUUUUCUCACACAUCCCGAGGCAGCGUACGCUUGUCCGAUCUAGGGCUUCCGUCUCUCUCUCUCUCUCUCUACUGCAAAUAUAAAUGGAUCGCAGGAGGGCAGGUAGUCCGAUAUACAACCGUCAAAAGAGUGGGAGCUCAGCAUCAAGUGGUUCAUCUUCUCCUGCAAUGUCUCCUGCUCAUUCCCAUUCUCGCUCUGCAUCGAGUGGUGCAGGGAUCUCUAACGUUAAGAGAACUCAGAAUUUUGCAGCAAAAGCAGCUGCUCAGAGGCUGGCUCAAGUCAUGGCGUCCCAGACCACUGAGAAUGACGAUGAAGAUGACGAUCUCAAUUUUAGAUACAGUUCACUAUACAGUGGAAACAAUAACAGCAACAGUGGGCUCUCUUCUUUGAAGCCUACUCGGUCUCCUUCACCUGCGCUAGGUCGGAACUUUGCAGAACAUACUCCAUCUGUUCGUUCUACAUCAGCUGGACGACCAUCAAUGUCUACUCGUACAACACCUUUGGUUCCCCCAAGUAGGACAACUCUAAGGGCACCACCAAAUCUACCACCAGUUAAACUACCACCAGUAGAGCCUCCUUCUGACACUCGUAGAGAUAGAAGGUUCACACGAGAUGUUGGACAUGUAAACUUACGGGAAGCUGGAAUUCGGGAUGCUGGAAAUCAACGUGAAGCUUCUGCUCUACAAGAUGAGCUUGAUAUGUUACAAGAAGAGAAUGAGAACCUUUUCGAUAAGCUUCGACUUGCAGAAGAGAGGUGUCAAGAAGCAGAUGCUAGAGCCAGGGAGCUUGAGAAACAGGUCGCUUCACUUGGUGAAGGUGUAUCACUGGAAGCACGACUGUUGAGCAGAAAGGAGGCAGCUCUUCGACAAAGAGAGGCUGCUCUUAAAGCUCAAAAGGAAAACAAAGAUGUCAAGGAUUCAGAAAUUGAAAAACUUAAAGACGAAGUAGAGGCUGCGAGGGCUGAGGCUAUGGCAUCUGAAGAACAGCUUCGAGACGCUGAAUCAGAGGCCAAAUCUCUCCGCUCAAUGACUCAUAGAAUGAUUUUGACUGAAGAAGAGAUGGAGGAGGUUGUUCUCAAGAGAUGUUGGCUUGCUCGCUACUGGGGUUUAUCUGUUCGACAUGGCAUUUAUGGAGAUAUUGCAGGACCGAAACAUGAGCAUUGGUCAUCCUUAGCACCCCUUCCUCUUGAAGUUGUCAUCUCUGCUGGACAGAAAGCGAAAGAAGAGUCAUGGAAUCGAGGCAAUGAUGAUCCAGAGAGAAGGGAUAAACUUGCACGAGAUUUGAGCGAUUUAGCUGGAGAAGGGAAUAUUGAGAGCAUGCUCUCUGUUGAAAAGGGUUUACGUGAGCUUGCAUCUUUGAAGGUUGAGGAUGCUGUUGCAUUUGCUAUGGCUCAACAUCGGCGUCCAAAUGUUGUCCGGGUUGGCUCAGCUUCAGAUUGUCGCUCACCUGGUGAUCCAAAGUUUGUGGAGGCAUUUGAGUUGAGCCAAGAGGAAGUUGAGGAUGUGCUUUUCAAACAGGCUUGGCUCACAUACUUUUGGAGAAGAGCUAAAACCCAUGGGGUGGAAGAGGAUAUUGCAGAUGAUCGACUGCAGUUUUGGAUUAGUCGUAGCAGUCAAUCACCAACAUCCCAUGAUGCUGUUGAUGUUGAGCGUGGCUUGAUGGAGCUUAGGAAGCUAGGUCUCGAAGCUCAGCUGUGGGAAGCUUCUCGCAAAGAAAUCGAUCAAUCUGGUGCUAGUAAUGCUUCAAACCAAAAACCAAAUGCAGAUUCUGAAGCUACAAUUUGAAAGUGAAGCCUAUGCCUUAUUGAAUUCCUUUCUUUCGCUUGUCCCUUUUAAAACACCUGGAUUUUGGGGCUCGGUGUUUUGUUCUUUAUCAGGCUUGCUUGUUUUUCAGCUUGAGGUUGUGUAAUAUUUGGAUAUUGUGUGCAAGAGAGAGAGAGAGAGAGAGAGAGUGUAACUACUUUGCUGUCACUUUACUGAGAGAGAGAGAGAGAGAGAGAGAGAGAGAG